AUGGAUUCAUCCGACCAGUCAACUGAAACCUUAGUUAUAUGUGGUACUAUGGCAAAAUCCACUAAAAAAAUUAAUGAAAGAACAAAUAUUGAAGAAGUUCAUGAGUAUGUACGUAAUGCAUUUCGCUCAAGUCUACCACAAUCAUAUCAAAUUAUCGUAUAUGAUGCCACAACAAUGUCCUUUGUUGAUCUUAAAACUCAUUUACAAAAUAGAUUAACUCAAUUUCAAUCAAAUUCAACAAUCGGUAUCCAAAAUAUUGCAAAUAUACCAUUGUCUACAAAUUUAUAUGUAAAACCAGAACAAUAUACAAAACUCCUUUAUUUUUUUUUAAUAGAAAUUCAACAUGAUCAAACUCUAUCCAGUGAUAGUUAUGACAAUUCAAUGAUUGAUGAAACUCAUAAUGAAUCAAACUUUUUUUUAAACAAUCUUACAACAGAUGAUGACAUUUUACGGAACAAUAAUGAAAUUUUAUUACAAAUAACUGAAGAUCUAUCAUUAACGACAACUCCAUCUUCUAUUGAACUACCACAAAGACGUGAUAUAUUAUCAAAUCGAUUGUUCUUUUCAUUAGAUGUCAAAUCUAUUCAAAGAAAUAUUUAUAAAUCUGAUCAAUUCUGUAUGCGUUCAGAGAAACCUAAUGGACGUAUUGCUCGUAUACAAGGUGUCAAGACAGAUAAAGAAAAAAUGCGUCAAAUUUUGCCAAAACUUCGAAUACCAUUAACUGCUCUUCAACCUAAUGUAACACUUCUCAUAGUAGUUGUAUUUGAAGAAAUAAAAAAUGGCAUGCGAAUUUGGUAUAAACAUCCUCAUAAAGGAUUUUUACCAGAGCAAUAUACAAAAAAUACAGAUCCAAUUAAUCCAAUUGAAUUGAAUUUAAAUGGAAAUAAUUUAACAAGUGAUGGAGAUUUAGUAUUAAGUCUACAGAUGAUAACGAAAUGGGAUAAAUCUAAAAAAGAAUUCGAAAAAAUUCAUCAAUUGGAUGAAAAAAACGUUCUUCGAUUACAUCGAGCAUUACAUGAUAAUUAUUCACCACGUUUAUUAUGUGUUCUUGUACGAAAUGGUUUUCCUGAUUGGGAUACAUUUUGUUUGUCAGAUUUUAUUCGAUCACCAAAAUCUGUUAAACAAAGAUCUUCAAGUGUUAUUACAGAACGAACUUGUUCACCACAACGAAAACGAUCAAAAAUCAAUACAAAUUUUAAUGAUAUCGAUCAAAUUGUACAAUAA